UCCCUCCACACUGCUGUCAUGGAUCUGUGUGGGUGCACUUCCACACAAAGUGCAUAUGUCAUGCUGUCCCACGUCUGGACUUUGGAAGGCAUAGCCAUCCUUCGCCCUUUUACUUUGAGGUCAAUCUUUCAAGGCCCACCCUCAGACCUGCACAAGGAAUUUGAAUGGUUGGACAAGUUGGCUGCUGAGACAGCUAAGAGGUUUCCCUGCUGA